CAACGAUGUACCACGAGGAAGAAUAAUUGCGUUUUAUGUUAACGAACAAUACUUUCUUUCGGAUGAAAAUUUGUAAUUUAAUACUGAACAACUUUUCCAUAAAUUAAUUGGGCGUGUGUCGAGUCGUAUUGCGAACAAGCAUAGAGCGCAAUAAACAUCGUACAGCAGCGCAUGGAAGUGGGAACAUUUUGAGAACCAAUGGCUGGGGUCGCCGUACACCCUUUGUUGGCAGCAUUGGUCUUCGUUCACGGCAGAUUUCGUGACAAAUGGCAACUACGAUAUUUCAUUUAUUUAUUUAUUUUUUUUUCAUUAAUUAUAAUAUAUUAUUUUAUCGUGUUUGAACGUCAUACGGGCUGCAGAAGCGAUUCCACCGACUCGCCGACCGCCGGCCCGAAUUUAUUUACGGUCACUGCGCGAUCUUCUGCAAUUGCUAACAGGAAAUUCGUCGUAUCGGUAUAAUACAAGUGCGUCUGCGGUGAAAAAAAAAAACCCGUAAUAGUAAUAAUAUAGUAAUAAUAAUCAUAAUAAUAAUAACAAACGAGAUUCUUUUCAUCCGCACAUAUCAGCGCAAUAGAAUUGUCAUCUGCACAGCAAUAUCGCCGACAGAUUAAUGCUGUAGCUUUGUGUGCGCGCGCUCGUUUAUCUGUAUCUGUGUGUGUGUGUAUGCGCACGAGUGUGUAUCUUUAUUGUUAUCAUUUGUCGGGGCGUGUGUGCGCGUUCGGCGAAGUGAUGGCGUUUAGAUGAGGGGUCCAUUGACGCCGUUUAUUUUGCCGUCACUUAACAUGGACGACGUGUCGUACAACGGCGGCAAGCAGGGCCAACAGCAACAACAGCCUGGUGGCGGUUUCGGCCAGAAAGGCGACAACGGCGAUGGUGGUAGUCUUAACAACAAGGUGAAGUACACGAUGCCCGGCGUGUUGCAUUUUAUUCAGCAUGAAUGGUCCAACUUUGAGUUGGAGAGGUCCCAUUGGGAAAUCGACAGAGCCGAAUUGCAGGCCAGAAUAGCAUUUCUUCAAGGAGAAAGAAAAGGCCAAGAUAAUCUGAAAAAUGAUUUAAUUCGUCGAAUUCAAAUGUUAGAACAUGCACUACGAGCUGAAAGAGCAAAAUAUUAUAAAUUAAAAUAUGGUACAGAAAUGCCUCAGUCUGAAAUGCAAUUACCUUCAGCUUCUUCAAAUACACAAGAAGAAUAUACUUCUAUACCUGAAGUUGGUGCAGAUAGUGAAGCUCCAUUGUCAUCUGUGUCAAAUGUCAGUUGGAAACAAGGCAGACAAUUACUUAGAGAAUAUCUACAUGAAAUAGGGUAUACAGAUACAAUUAUUGAUGUUCGAUCAUCACGUGUUCGUAACCUUUUAGGGUUGAACAAUAAUAAUAAUUUGAGUGGUUUAGAGCAAGGGCAAACUGAGAAUAAUCAGAUAAAUGGUAACAACUAUAAUAAACGUUUUAGUGAUAAUCAAGGCCAGUGCUCACCUACUAAACGAACACAACAGCAGCAACAAAACCAAAAGAAAUUAUUGGACGUUGAGUCAGCUGUAAUGGCUAAUUUUGAUUUUUUAUCAACAAUGCGUAACACAAAUGAUUCUGGUGAUGUAGACAUGGAUGAUGAUGGUGUUGAUGAUGAUGAUGAUGAUGAUGAUGAUGAUGAAAUGGGAAUGGCAGAUGAUGUUAUUGACAUGACAUCUAUUUGUAAAUUUGGCCCUGAUGAUGUUGAUGCUGAGGCUGAAGAAGUUGUGAAUGAGCUUCAAUUAUUAACAGAAGAUAUAAGUAACAAAGAAAAUGAGCAAAGUGAUUGGAAAAUUCCAAAUAGAGAUGUGUUCAACAAGAAUACAAAUAAUGCAAAUUGGAUAAAAAAUGAACCAGUCGAUGAAAUGGUUGAUAAUAAUUUGGAUUUAGCUUUAGGAUUAGGAGAAUUGGCACAACUUACUGUUAAUAAUGAAUCAGAAAGUAAUGCGGACGUUGUUGAUAUGAAAACUGCUUCACGAAAAACAUGGAAUGCUAAAUAUACUUUGCGUAGUCAUUUCGAUGGUGUUCGUGCUUUGGCUUUUCAUCCUACUGAAUCAAUUUUAAUUACCGCUAGUGAAGAUCAUACUAUGAAACUUUGGAAUCUUCAAAAAACUGUGGCUCCAAAAAAAUCAGCGUCUUUAGAUGUAGAACCUUUGUAUACAUUUAGAAGUCAUACUGGACCUGUAUUUUGUUUGGCAAUUAGUAAAAAUGGUGAACACUGUUAUAGUGGUGGGUUGGAUAAUGUAAUCAAAGUUUGGUCAAUGCCUUCUGUUAAUAUUGAUCCCUAUGAUUCUUAUGAUAAAAAUAUUCUUAUAAAUACCCUGGAAGGUCAUGAAGAUGCAGUUUGGGGAAUUUCAGUUCAUCAUAACCGUUCAGAGUUGUUAUCAUGUUCAGCUGAUGGUUCAAUAAAACUCUGGUCACCAACAAAUCUCAAGUCACCUUGUCUGUCAUCUUAUGUUUCUGAUCAAGAUGAAACUCCUACUUCAGUUGAUUAUGUUAGAGAUGUAGAAGGUCAAUUUGUUGCAUCUUAUAAUUCAUCUCAUUGUGUUAUUUAUGAUAUUGAAACAAAGAGUCCUAUAACUCGAUUAGAAUGCUCAAAGGAUCCAGCUGAAAUGGCAACUCAGUUGAUUCAUCGAGUUAAAUGCCAUCCUACAUUGCCUUUAACUAUUACAGCACAUGAUGACCAUCAUAUUCGUUUCUUUGAUAAUAACACUGGUAAAAUGGUUCAUUCUAUGGUUGCCCAUUUAGAUGCUGUAACUAGUUUGGCAGUUGAUCCUAAUGGCUUAUAUUUAUUAUCUGGAAGUCAUGACUCAUCCAUCAGAAUAUGGAAUUUAGAAAGCAAGACUUGUGUACAAGAAAUUACGGCACAUCGAAAAAAAUUAGAUGAAUCUAUAUUAGAUGUUGCGUUUCAUCCAUCUGAAGCGUACAUUGCCAGUGCUGGAGCCGAUAGCCUAGUCAAAGUAUUUGUAUAGGUACAGUUAUUGUAUAAUAUAAAUUAGUAGGACACUUGGUUAAAUUUAUCUUAGUGUCUUGUUUGACCAAUUUCUGAUCAAAUCCAUCAUUGUAGUGUUUUUGCAGUAAUCAUGAUUUAUUAAGUUCAAUUUUUUUUUUUAUCUGUUUAAUUAUUUAUUUUUUCCUUCAA